UACAUAUAGAUUAUCAAGGAGAGAGUACAGAAACACCUUGCUAGGCAGGACUACAUCUGGAACACCAACCCUGGAGCGUUGUCCGUCUUCAGCGAGUAUUCGUCCAGUUUACAAGCAUUCCCAUUCUACACCCUGGCUCUUGGAGCAACCCCAUCCAACAAGUUUUCUGCUCUAGUCUUGGUACAGACCCCACCUAUCUCGAUAUCGGCUCCGCUCAUGAAGCUACUCGUCAAUGUAGGCAUGUCCGCAUAUGCCCAUCAGAUUGUGGUGUUAUGGCAGGUAGAUAGACCCCUCCCACCGAAGUCAAGAUGGCCAAAGCUACAAGUCCCUCUUACAGUCAUUGAGACAGAUCUCAAGUCUCUGAGCAGUCGAUUCUCUCCUAACUCUGUGAUUGAGAUGGAUUCUAUUCUAAGCUUGGAUGAAGAUGCUCAGUUAACUACAGAUGAGGUUGAUUUUGCCUUCUCGGUGUGGCAGACGUUCCCGACCAGAAUAGUAGGUUACCCCGCCAGAAACCAUUACUGGGACCAAGCUAAAAGUCGUUGGGGUUACUCAUCAAAGUGGACCAAUGAGUACUCGAUGGUGCUCACUGGAGCAGCAUUUUAUCACAGGUACUAUCAUUAUCUGUUCACCCAUAUACUGCCUUCACCGCUGCGUGUCCACGUGGAUCGCACCAACAACUGCGACGAUAUUCUCAUGAAUUUCUUGGUAGCCAGUGUGACCAAGCUACCCCCCGUCAAGGUCACACAGCGUAAACAAUACCGCGAGACCAUGCUGACGUCGUCCACCUCGGCGUUGGCGGCGCGCUGGCUCUCGGCGGAACAUUUCCAGCAGCGUCAGGAGUGCCUCAAUAUCUUCUCCACCACGAUGGGUACCAUGCCGUUGGUCAGGUCCCAGAUGCGCCUCGACCCGGUCCUCUAUAAAGACCCCGUCUCGAACAUGAGAAAACGUUACCGCAAAAUCGAGGUCGUGGACCCCAAACCAAGGACGUGAGAAUGAAUGAAUGAUGAAAAUUGUUUGAAAUCACCCCCACCGACGUGUAGCAAGAUGUUGUAGAUGAGAGUACUAGAAUGAUGAUGUACGGUGCCCCCAUCGUUGGAUUUCAGACAAGCGGUUUCUGCACCGAAUCAUGGCGUGAUCAAAGAGUACUACCUUAAAGUCUACUAAUGGGACCAAGAAAGGUCACACUGCCCUCGUUUCUUCUUCCAUGUCUUCUUCUACUUCUUGUGAUGCAAGUCAUUAAACCAGUAAAAACCUACAAGGAAACCUGCCAUUGAAAUGCAGAAUGUCUUGUUCAAGAUGUUGGUGCAGUUCAAGUCAUCUGAUGGAAGCCGGCUGAUGUCAUGGUAAAUGGGAUCCUGUUCCUGGCCAAGGGGUCAUCGGCAUAGAAUAUCCUGAUAUCAUUCGGAUGUUGCUACAAGAUGUUCAGUAGAAGUGUCCAUCAGCAGAGCAAAGCUUUGUAAGACCAGUCAAAAGGCCCAAAAGCAAAGAAGCCCGCAAGAAGAUCAUGUGUUUUGUUUGCUUCCUACUAACUACCGAGCCUUGUAGCUGUCCGCAGGAUCUUAAAAGCCACAGUAACUAGGAAUCCACUCUGUGGAUACGUUCUUACUAAAGAAUCCUUCAUGAAUGAGAGUUAUCCUUCAGUAAUAUUUCAUGCCAAAAUGUGUUUAUGUAUUGAUCAGCAUUGGACAAUUCGCGAAUAUGAGAUCAUUUUUAUGAAAAGUGUUUCAGAUAUUAACUCCUUCGAGCAGAGAUAUUUUUUUGAAAACCAGAUGUAAUCUAUUCAUGAGGUAUUAUUAUGAAAAUAUUGAAAAUAUUGUGUGUGUUAGAUUUUAAAAGAAGGUCUUGCUUUUUUUGUACAAAAGACAGAACAUAUGAAUGAAAGUGAGAUUAGAUUUUCUAUAUUUUUCUUGAGAUAAGAGAGGAAAUAGAUUAGAGAUUUAGAUUUUAGUUGGGGCAUGCUGGAAACAUGUGUACAUUGAGAGUAUGUUGGAGCAAGAGAGAGAGAGAGUUAAGCAUUUGUCCAUGAUUUAUGUGGUCUUCAGUAUUUUACGAUUUUCUUUUUCUGUAGUAUACAAAUAACAUAAUGCUCAGAGUGCAUUUAAGGUACAUUUGCACAGUAAAGGUAUUAUUAAAACAGCGAUAUUUACACUUAACUGCCACUGGCACUACUCAAAUUUAUUCUCAUAAUAUUUUAUAUAAUUAGUCUAAAAUGAUGCAGUCUGUAACCAAUUAUUUAUAUUGAUAUUUGUGAAGAGUAUAAAAAUCAAGUUAUAUAUCUAAUAAAUUGACCAUUCUUCUGAGUAAAAACAAUUAAACAUUGAUUUUAAUGCUUCAUGUUCAUGCCUGUCACAGAAUAUUGAAAUGCUAUGAAUACCUCUUGUGUCAUUCAUUAAUUUUUGUUGCAGGAAUAAUUUCAGAGCAACUCGUGUUUACAGAAUUUUGUUCCAAUUUUGUUCAUUUCUUAUCCUUUGAUAUCGGUUGUUUUUUGUUGUUCAUUUUGUACAUUUGUAUGUGAAUCUGGUUUUAGUGAAUCUGUCUGUUUUUAGCUCAUCCGGCGUGAAGGGCCAGAUGAGGGUAUGCCGUGGCAUGGUGUCCGUCGUCCGUCCACAAUAUCAAAAUGCUUCUUCUUCGUCAUUUCAAGUCCGAUAGUACUUCUGUCUGCUUUAUAUGAUAGCACUAGUUGGGGGAUACAAAACUUUUACACAGAAUUUUGAAACUCAUUAAAUAUGCUAAUUUAUGCACAUUUUUCAAAAUUCACAAAAAAAUCUUUUUUUGUUGACCGAUAUUGAUUUUUUUGCUUCCAUCUGGUAGAGGUUCACAAAACACCUACACAGAAUUUUGAAAUUUUGACUAGAAAAUUUUUAUGCUAAUUUAUGCAUAUUUUUCAAAAUUCACAUAAAAUCAUUUAUUUUGUUGACUGAUUUUGAUUUUUUUCUUCCAUCUGGUAGAGCUGCAUGAGGUUCACCAAACUUGUACACAUAAUUUUGAAAUUUUGACUAGAAAAUUUAUUAUGCUAAUUUAUGCAAAAUUUAUUCAUAAAUCACAAAAAUGCCUUUUCUCCUUCAUUUGUUGAUCAAUUUCAAUUUUGUUUGCUUUAUAUGAUACUCUAGGUGGGGAUACAGAAUUUCUACACAGAAUUUGGAAACUUAUUAAAUAUGCUUAUUUAUGCAUAUUUUUCAAAACUCACAAAAAAUGCUUCUUAUUGAUUUGUUGACCAAUUUUGAUUUUUUUUUGUUCCAUCUGAGUGCUACAUGAGGUUCAACCAAGGUUCUGCACAGAAUUUAGAAAUUUUGACUAGAAAAUUAUUUAUGCUUAUUUAUACAAAAUUUAUUCAUAAAUCACAAAAAAUGCUUCUCUGUCAUUUCUUCAUCAAUUUCAAUUCUGUUUCUUCAAUUUAUGUCACCAAUAUAAUUUACUACAGUGUCAACUGGGCUGAAAUUAAAAAUUGUGUUAAAUUUCUCUGCGAGAUGCCGGAUGAGCUCCACAUCAUUGAUGCGCUGUUUUAUUUGAGAUGAAGCUAUCUUGGGGGUUUACAUUUCUAAUAGUAUUGAGUAAUUGGGUAGUGGUCAAAAGAUACGACUAUUGAAUAGUGAGUACUGUAACUGCAUAAGCUAAUAGUUUCGGAUUGUAUUGUUUCAUUUCGCAAGUUGUUUGCAUAUUCCCAAGUUGGUAUUUUCACAAUUUUUUUAUGGUGACAGUGGCCAUACAGAGAAAAUUAGCAUAAAAUAAACCACUGCGAAAACAUCAGCUCAUACAGUGGUAACGUUGAUAGUUGGUGUGUGUGCAAGUUUAGUACAAAAUUACAUUUCAUGAAUUUGAGUAAAAUAUAUUUUGAUCCUAUUUCUAAGUGGUAUUUCAGUUUUUUUAAUGCAAUAUCAAAUUAAGAAAUUAAACAAGAUUUCUCUGCAGUUAGCUUUUUUAAUCGAAACUAAGUUUUUCAGUUUCAGUAGAGGAUAGGAUAGCAAAGUGCCCCAAAUUAAUUGUACUGGAAAUCACUUAGACUUCACAUACUUUACAGCUGUGUACAUAGAAAAUAAUGUAACAAUAUGUUCAAAUGCAUCUAUGAAGGGAGGAGCAUAUAUUCCCUUCACAAAAGUAAUUCAUCGGCAUGAUUGUCUAUAUUUUACAAAGGGACUUUAUACUAUCUUACUGAUAAAUAUGCAAUUGCGUAUAAUGUUAGAUAUGUGUCGGACCCUGUCCCCCUGUUUCAGCAGAGCUUGUAUCUUUGUUUGCUACACUCAGUCAUCAUGCAUUGUAUGUUAUCUUGUAGAAUUGUUUCAUUGUGCAUUUGUUUUUAUCAAGGUGCUAACAUAGAUGGACCAUUACAAAGCGUUCACACUUAUCAUUUGUUCUUUAGUGCUAUAAAUAGAUGCUAUGCCUUCAUGCAAGUUUAGAUACCCAAAGAAAGUCAAGUACCAACUAUGUUAAUGUACAUUUGUGUAUUUAUGAAUGGAUGGAUGCGAUCUGCUUGAGUCAUGUGAUUUGAAUAUUUGUGUGAAUGGUUUGGAUUAUAUAAUUCCUUCAGACUUUUCAAGUCCAUUAUUUUUUAUUAAAAUGUGGAAUAUCCAUUAAUAUACAUGUAAUUAUAUUCUUAUAUCCUUCAUGCAUUGUCUCUGUUCAUGGGGACUGUGGUGUAAUAGUUAUUCCAAUUUCUUUUGUUUAUCUAAACAAAGAUUCUUACAAACUUUCAUCCGUGAAAAGACAAAUUGACUUGCUUCCAUCUUUCUUUAGUUGGUUGUAUUUUCUGUUUGCCCCUUUUAAAGCUACAGUAGCAUGUAUAUAUAAGGAUAACAGGGUCUGUUGUGUCAUUUUUCUGUAAACUAACAUAUAUAUGAAUAUAUCGACUAAAAGUAAUGGUUCAUAAAGAUAUGAAUAUCUUAACUUAAUUCCUUACAUUUUCUAUUUUCUUCUAAUUAAAAUUCAGAAUAUUUGUAUUCUUAUAAGACUACUACCAUUCGUUAAAGGAAAAUAAUUUUUGAAAAUCUAAUUUUGUUUCCUCAAAUACAUUUCUUUCCUUUAUAUAAUUUCAUGGUUAGAAAACAUUAGAAAAGCAAUCAUAUAAUUUGAUAAGGGGUAGUAGAUGUAUGUCUUCCCCAAGACCAAUUUUUUUCUCAUUUUCUUUUCAUAAUUAAUUGUUAUUAACCGGCAACUUAGUCAAAUUGUUCUUGGGUAUACUUCACUUUACACUAAGGGAUAGGUUAAGCUGAAAGUCUUUAAUAAACAUAGACUAACAUAUUGAUGAAA